GGACCCCUCAAAGCGUAAUGCAGCAGCUCUACACCACGACCUCAUCCAAUCCCUGAUCCAGCACUACCAAACGAUGCUCGCGCACGCGCGCGAAGACGCGCCCAGCGACUACAGCCGCGCCGCGCAGAAAGAACUCGCCAUCAAAGAGGAAUCCAGCGCGCUCGUGACAACCGCGCAGAAUAUGGCCAUGCUGGUUCGCGACUUGCAGGAGCUGUGGCUGUUUGGGAGUCUGGACACGUUGACGGAUCCGGCGGACGAGGAGGAGGGUAGGAAGAAGGCGUUGGAGAUUGCGGCGCUGGUGGAGAUACUGGCGAAGAGGCCGCCGGGAGAAUAUAUGGAGGAUGGGAAUGCGGCGCUGGAGGGAGAGACUUGAGAGAGGGGUUACGGACCAAAGGGGACAACACUACGAUGUAGCAUUUGAGCUUCUCGAUGGCUGUAUCUGCGACGUCGAGGCCGUAUUUUUGGGCAAGG